CGCUGACGUCAUCAGAUCCGCCCUCUCCCCGGUUGAGCAGAAACAACAGUAGCUCGAGUCCAGAGACGGUCCAGACGGUCCAGACGGUCCCGCCGCUCCGGAGAGCCCGACAAAACACCGGUUUAUCAUCAAGUCUUACUCAGCUGCCCAUAGAGGUUCUUCGAAUAUGGUCUGUGGCGGUUUCACCUGCUCCAAGAAUGCGCUUUGUUCCCUGAAUGUGGUUUACAUGCUGGUCGGGCUGCUGCUGAUUGGAGUAGCAGCAUGGGGGAAGGGGUUCGGCUUGGUGUCGAGCAUCCACAUCAUCGGAGGGGUCAUCGCAGUGGGCGUUUUCCUGCUGCUCAUCGCUAUUGUUGGACUCAUCGGAGCAAUACACCACCACCAAGUCAUGCUUUUCUUUUACAUGGUCAUUCUUUUUAUCGUUUUCCUGUUCCAAUUCGGAGUUUCCUGUUCCUGCUUGGCAAUGAACCGCGGGCAGCAGGAGGCACUUCUGAACUCUGCUUGGGGGAUGUUGGAAAACAAUACUAAGACAGACCUGGAGAGUCAGCUGAACUGCUGUGGACUGCUCAACGUCACCGCCAGCCGGGCACAGUUUGAUCGGGACGUGCAGAGCUGCCAUGCUUUAUGCAAAAAGAACACUGGCUGUUACACCUGCGGGGAUAUGAUGCUGACUCAUGCAACAGAGGCUCUGAAGAUCCUCGGGGGCGUCGGGCUCUUCUUCAGCUUCACAGAGAUCCUGGGAGUGUGGCUCGCUGUGCGCUACAGGAACCAGAAGGAUCCACGAGCAAACCCAAGUGCUUUCCUAUAGUCUGCCCCACGUACGCAGCACCGCGCCGUAGAUGCAGUUUCAGACACACUGGUACACAUAGAAUCAUGCACAUCUAGAGGCAGACACGCCGGCACACGAUACAAUACCACACCAACCACAACAACGACACAGAAUGGACGAGCGCACGCGGCACCUGACAAACACUGAAAAACAAAACACACCUUCACCUGAGACUGAGAAACUACAACAACCUGUCCAGAAACGUUGCCAGAGCUCCAGCUGGAAGACCUGGAUACUUGUGUAUGAAAGGAUAACUUGUAAUACCAAGAAGUGUGACUUGUUGGUAUGGCGACCCAGCCUUGAUGUGAGUACCAGAUUUCCUGCUAGUUUCCAACUAUGUAACAAGGGAUGAAACAUCUCUGCAUGUGUUCUACGCCUGCACAGACAAACAGCCUCUUUGUUGAUUUCAUUCCAUCAACCAAAUGACUGUGCCGUGUCCAACAAAAUAACUUGUAUGCACCUUGAAUUUUAUUCCCUCUUGUCUCUUAUGUAGUGCCACCACAUAACGACGAAUAGUCAGUGCAGUCGGUGAUGUGUAGAACUGUAUACUCCAACAUGUCCAGUGCGAUGUUCUCAAAGUCAGCCGAGAGGCAAAAGAAGGCAAAUACUGGACAUGUGAUGUAAAGUAGUUUUCGAAUUGUAUGUAAAUGUUCUUUUUUCAGAUGCCACAAAUGCCGGGAUUUAACAGGAUUAGGAAGCAAGAAUAGAUGUUAGGUAAUGUAGUUGCUAGUCAUUCGGGUUCAAAAAUAUUUAUGAACUGUAACUGAGCCAACUAACUUGUAACAUUCGGAGUUAUUAGGAUGCCAAUGGACUGCAGCCUUGAUGUUGUACAUACUCUUUUAGAAAUCAUGCUCGAUGGGUUUGCCAUGUAGUCGCCCCUCUAGUCGGGAGGUUUGCCUGCAUAGUUGAGGUCUUUGAAGGCCACAAUAAUCCACCCUUUCUGUAUUUAAUAUGUUCCUUUGUGUUGCACAGUGGUAGUAUAGAAUCUGGUAGUAGAGAGGUGGAUCCAGGUACGUAUCAUGACCUCCUGUGUAACUGGAAGAAAUCGAAACAAUUUAAAAAACAUAAUAAGUGCUGUUUGAUUUGAAAUAAUUGGGGAAAUUUGGCCAAAACUGCUUAUCGCAAACCCAUUUUUGUUUUUAAUAGUGUUAAUUGUGAAAAUGUGCUCUUGGUUGCAAUUUCUUUUAUUUUAUUUUAUGUUUUGAACCAAUUAUUCUUUUGUGGAAUGAUUUUGUUCUGAGUUGCCAUCAGCUGUUUUUCGUUCAUCAGUGUUAAAUGCUUUGUAAAAAAAUAAAUAAAAACGUGUUCAAUAUUUUCAGGAUCUAUUUAAGUUAAGUUUGAGGACGCACAUUAGGCUAAAGUUAUGUCGUAGUUUUGAUGAUAUGAUUUUGCUGCCUAGCUCGAUGUUUGACAUUUCCUGUUGUUAAAUCACUGCUCAUUAAUUCUUCUCUUUUUAAAAGUGUGUUUUCUCGUUUUUUAAUUGCUUUUAACUUAAAGGACUAACACAAACUGUAAUUACAUGUCUUACUUGAACCUGUCAACUUGGCUGAUAUGGAUUUCCUGCUGCUGAUUUGGAGUCAUCGCUGGUGUAAACAAACAUUUUGACAGAUCUUAAGCAUUGUUAUGCCAUAUAUUAAACCUCACUUUGAAGUUGUGUGCACUUGUUAUUCAAAUGUAUCUUGAACUUUUGAGACUUAAUUUUCCAAAUAAUAAAACCUCAAAUUGGAAAGUG